CAUGUACGUUUUCAAUGUGUAAAACACAGAUCUGUGAAGUAUCUCUCAUUGAUGAAGGAUGGGGAAGGAGUCCAACAGGCUGGUUCUUGGAGCAUCUUCAGUAGCAUUAUUGUUUUUUUUGUUCUUCCUUUAUGCUGCAAUUUUCACAUCGGAUGUUACCCCAUUUGAUUCGUGUAAUGAUCAGUAUUCAUACCGUUUCUCUCUCUCCAAAUUCCUUCCGCCGGGACCCUUUUCCUUUGACUAUGCUAAAUUGAGUUGUUUGGUACAGUAGGGAAGCAGAGUCUAUCAGACUGGGAUCGUAGUCUCCGCAGCAGAAAGAUUGACAAGGGCAAAGAAGUUGCAAAGCCCCUAGAAUUUCUUCUAAGAAGAUUAGUAAGAGGUUCUCUCUUCAUCUUUAGCAUUAAUAUGAUUUCGUUUCUUAACUUGCUUUCAAACACUACACAAGAUAUUGUCGACAUAAGCUUUCUAUACAGACCCAGAUUCACCCAAUACAGAUUAAUGUUGGUCUUCAGUCUUCCUAAUCAAUGUAAAGGUCUCAAUCUGCCCACAGGAGAAGAUCGAGCUCAGCUUGAAACCACUGGAUUUUCUUGUCACUCUGACCUCCAUUCUGAAGUUUGUAUCACAAACAAACCAGCUAUAGUUGACAAUAGUGCAUUAACUACUUACCUCCAAUCCUCCGGCGUUCAAGUUAAACACAUGGUUCGGCCGUAUGCAAGGAAAGAGGAUGAGACGGCCAUGAAACAAGUGACGCCCGUGCUAAUACUUGCUGGAAAUGUAAGCUCACCUGCUUGUCAUUUCAACCAUGAUGUCCCGGCUGUGGUCUUCUCCUCUGGUGGCUUUACAGGGAACCUAUUUCAUGAGUUUAACGAGGUCAUCAUCCCCUUAUUCAUCACAUGCCGCCAGUUUCAAUCCCACCUGCAAUUUGUCAUCUCCGAUUUCAAGCCUUUGUGGGUCAGAAAAUACAAUCGGAUUCUAACCCACCUGUCUCGUUUCGAGGUCAUAAACCCAGCAACAGAUAGAAGUGUUCGCUGCUUUCCUGCAGCAGUUAUAGGGCUCAAGUACCACGAGAACCUAGCCGUAAAUUCUACAGAAAUUCCUGGAGGGUACUCCAUGUUUGACUUCAAGAAUUUCCUCAGAGAAUCAUAUAACCUGAAGACACAGACUGUUUCUGAUAUAGAAAAGCCCGUGCUAGUUCUCAUUUCUCGUCGUAAAACAAGAACGUUUCUGAAUGAAGAUGAAAUGGUGGGCAUUAUAGAGGAACUGGGUUUUCAAGCAAUUGUGGCGAAGCCUAACAGGAUGUCAAACAUGGACAAGUUUGCCAGGGUCAUAAACUCGUGCAGUGUCAUGGUCGGAGCCCAUGGUGCUGGCCUUGCAAAUGCAGUGUUCUUACCUGCUGGGGCAGUGAUGGUGCAAGUGGUACCACUGGGGCUGGACUGGGCUUCAAAAGCCUACUAUGGAGACCCGGCAGGGGAGAUGGGGGUGCAUUAUAUGGAAUACAAGAUAGAGCCAGAGGAGAGUUCGCUUUUCAAAGAAUAUGGACCGCACCACCCAGUCAUAGCUGAUCCCAUGUCUAUAUUCUUGCAGGGCUAUAAUGCAGCAAGAGCUGUGUAUGUUGACGGCCAGAAUCUGACGAUAAAUUUGGUCAGGUUUAGGGAGACACUCAACAAGGCAAUGAAAUUUCUUGUACACUAAACUGCAUGCUUUGAUUGAAGAUUACAGGGCAUUGUUUUUUUGUUUUCUUAAGAAUACAGAAAACGAUAUUCCAUCAUGUAUUUUAUUGCAAACCGAAUUAG